AUGAAAUCUUCAUUGAAGACUUUUCAACCUUAUGGAAGUGAGAGAUUCUUUUUAAAACUGAAUCGGAAUGGUUUGCCAAAAUGUCCAGAGAAGCCAGAAAGAUAUUGCUCUCUUUUUGUGAAUUUGGGAAGCAGUGAGCUUAGAAAGGACAUCUACAUUAUUGUGCACAUUAUACGCAUUGGCCGAAUGGGAGCAGGUGAAAAGAAAAAUACUUGCAAUAUACAGUAUCGGCGACCUUUUGGUUGUGCAGUCCUCAGUAUGGCAGAUCUAAUGGCUGAUGAUACAAAAGAUGACCUUAUUUUAAAAGUAUAUAUGUAAGAAUACAUAUAUUUGUAAUAUAUUACAACAAAAUUUGGAUCACA